AUGUCUGUGGGUGAGAUAUUCUCUGACGCACAGCGGUCCCUCGUUGGACACAAGACUCUUGCAAAGCGCCUGCGCAGACUCGAAAGCACCCCGAAUUUCGAAGCGCAUAUCAAACAAUGCAUCUUCCGUCUUCUAGACGUCAGCAAAUCCGAAGUGGCAGGCAACAGAGUCAUCAAGUUCCUCACUGUAUAUCUCGAAGCGGCUGAAGGAACAAACCAAAGCACAUCGUCUAUACUUCUUGCACUACUCCCGUUCCUAUGCGCAAAGGACAAGACCGUCCGUUACAGAGCGACACAGCUAGUGUCGCAAAUCCUUGGAGUUUUGAGUACCAUCGACGACGAUCUAUAUAAAGUGAUCAGGCAUGAACUGAUCAAACGCCUACGAGAUAAAGUGCCUGCGAUCAGGCUGGAAGCAGUUCUGGCACUCGGAAGAUUGGUCGAGAACGAGAUGGAUGACGAGGAUGAAGAGGGGGAUUCCGAAGAAGAUGUGGCCCCAGGCUUGCUUGAAAAACUCCUAGAUGUGUUGCAGAACGACACGAACGCCGACGUCAGAAGGGCACUUCUACUCAAUCUGCCUGUCACACCAAAGACACUUCCAUACCUCCUCGAGAGGGCAAGAGAUCGUGAUGGACCGACUCGUCGAGCAUUGUACUCACGGCUCCUGCCGAACCUAGGUGACUUUCGACAUCUAUCUUUGUCAAUGAGGGAAAAACUUCUCCGGUGGGGCUUGAGGGAUCGCGACGAGAAAGUUCGUAAAGCCGCUGCUCAUUUAUUCCGAGCACGAUGGAUUGAAGACUGCGCCGCCUCUCGCAGCGAGCAAAGCGAUGAAGAAAAGAAGGAACAGAAAGGAUUUUAUGCACCCAGCAUCCCAGCGCUUCUGGAACUCCUUGAGAGAAUAGAUGCCUUGAACACUGGCAACGAGACCGGAGUCGCUCGAGAGGCAAUGAAGGAGUUCUGGGCAGGGCGGCCUGACUACUUGGACGCAGUCUCUUUUGACGACGAGUUUUGGGACACUCUGACACCCGAAUCUGCGUUUAUGGCACGCACUUUCAAUGAUUUCUGUCAAAAGUCCCAAGAUCAGAAGCACCAAGCCAUGAUCGAAGAGAAGAUGCCAGAGGUGACCAGGCUAGGGUUCCACCUUCAGAAGCACAUCAACGAGCUACUCAUCAAAGUUCAGAACGCCAACGAAACCGACAGUGAUGAGAAGCUGGCUGAGCAAGCUGAACAAGAAUUCAUAGUCGAACAGCUUCUCUACAUCGCUCAGACGCUCGAUUACACCGACGAAGUUGGUCGAAGGAAAAUGUUUUCGCUUCUACGCCACGCACUAUCCAUGGCAGACCUUCCUGAGGAAUGCACCCGCCUCGCAGUCGAAGCGCUUCGUCUCGUCUGCAACCCUGAUGCUGCAGGUGAGCGAGAAUUCACAUCUGUUGUCCUCGAAGCCAUUGCCGAAGUUCACGAUAACAUCGUGUCCGACGAGCCAGAAGGUGUAGACGCAGACGAUGACGAUGCGAGCUUCGUCUCCGCCCGCAGCGAAGUAAGCGACCACGAUCCCAAUUCGACACCCAAGAACAACAGCUCGAGCAAGAACAAGAAACAAAACCUUUCCGAAGAGGAGCAAGAAGCUCAAGCCAUCAAAGAGAUCGUGAUUAACAUGAAAUGUCUACAUAUUGCGCAGUGCAUGCUCCAGAACGUGGCCGGGAACCUUCAAUCCAACAUCCACUUGCGCACCAUGUUUGACAACCUGGUCAUACCGGCGGUCCGGUCUCACGAAGUCCUGAUCCGAGAGCGAGGCGUGCAAUGUCUAGGACUUUGCUGCCUUCUCGAACCCAAGCUCGCAGAUGAGAACAUGCGCCUGUUCACGCAUCUUCUCAAGAAGGGCCACGAGACGCUGCAAGUCAUGGCGCUCCAGAUCCUGUGCGAUAUCCUGAUGGCCAGAGGUCCGCCCAAUGCGUCUCAACCACCAAACACUCUCGAUGGCGCGGCAUCGCCCAAUGCGAGCUCCGGAGACGUGGACCAGCCGAGCUCCAAUCCGAACAACGCGGCUGGCGGUGCCAAUGGCAAUAGCAACACUAACACCAACAUGACGAGCCUCCUCUCGCCGUUCAUCAAGGCUCUGUCACAGAAUUUUGUCGAGGAAGUCCGCGCCACGGCCACGAGCAGCUUGUGCAAACUCAUGCUGUGCGGCUUCUACAAGGAAAACGAGGAGCUGUUUGACCAGAUCGUCGAGCGGGCAAUGCAGCUCGGCGCGAAGGGAUGGGAGUUGCUCGAAAAGGUCAAGAAUGCCGUCGUCGUGGACAGGGAAAAGGAGAAGCUUUUGGAGAAGGAGCGUGAGGAGCAGCAGCAACCUGCCAUGGCCAAUGUCACCUUGUUCGGCGCGAGGCUGAGCACCGAGGGUGGAAAUGGCACAGGGAGCGCGCGCAGUUCAGACGGCCUCGUUGCCGACGAUAAGAUGAGUGGCGAGGGCGCCACGAAUGGUGUCGAUGUUUAUGCUUAA